GCAGGGCGCACUGCGCAUGCGCGGCUCAGAUCCACUGUAGGAGACGGAAGACUGCGGAGUGAAUCUCCAGUUACUGCGAAGCACUAGAAAAAAACUCAAGGAAAGUACAGGUCAGAUCAGCAGAAUGUCGGGAUUUCUGGACGGGAUCAGAUGUGGCGAUUGCGAGUGUAAUGUGGACUGGGGCGAGAAGAGAAACACCAUCGCCUCCAUCGCAGCUGGAGUUUUGUUUUUUACAGGCUGGUGGAUCAUCAUCGACGCAGCGAUAAUGUAUCCUAAAGAGGAACAGUUCCACCAUGCGUAUCAUACCUGUGGCGUUAUAGCCACUAUAGCCUUCCUCAUGAUCAAUGCAGUGUCAAAUGGCCAGGUGAGAGGGGACAGCUACAGCGAGGGCUGCUUGGGACAAACAGGUGCUAGAAUUUGGCUCUUUAUCGGGUUCAUGUUGGCAUUCGGGUCUCUCAUCGCCUCUAUGUGGAUUCUGUUUGGUGGUUUUGUUGUGACUGGAACAGAACAUAAGGAUCUGUCUGUGUAUCCUGGUAUUGCAGUUUUCUUUCAAAAUGCAUUCAUCUUCUUUGGUGGUCUGGUGUUCAAGUUUGGCCGAACUGAAGACCUCUGGCAGUGAGGAUCCAUGUCCAUCAAUCAAAUCCCACAGUCCAUCAACACACAGUUCCUCUCUACUUACUGCUGCUUAUUUGCACUCUCUAUUUCUUUCUCUCCUCUUUUUCAAUGACGACUCCUCUUAAAUAUUCUCCUUUCUUCGUCUCCGUGUGGUCACAGUAGGUGAGAGAAAUGCAAAUCAAACCAGUUGAAAUGGACACUAUCCUGCCCUUAUUAUACACAUACUUCAUAAUAUAGCGCACCAUAGAGGAUAUCUUCAGCCUGGCUGUUUCAAAAUCACAAAAAUAUGGACAGCAUAAUGAUAUAUUUACAUGAUUAUUACGCUACAGGGCGGUGGGAGAGUUUCUGAACAGAUUCUUUAUUAACCAAAACAAGCAUUGCUGGCUUUCGGCUUCACUGUGUUUCUUUUUUUAUUGCGCGUUGGUCAUUUGAAUAAACAUAAACCACCCGAUUUGUAUAUUUUGAAACACUUUAAUGUAUGACGACGUUUAAUUUCACGUUCUGUCAGAAUUUGUGUUGAUUUUGCUGUCGUAUUAACCGAACGGCUCAACUGACUUCAAUCGCGACACUACAGCGUACUUUUGGACGAUUUUAUGUUAUGUUAUAUGGGUUCACACAGCUUUCUCAGACAUUUGUCAUGAUUGAUUUUUAACAAUUAUUUUACAGAGAGCAUCUUUGAGCUGAUCUACAUUCACUGUCGACAUUUAAAACGUUUUUUUUUUUUUCCUCAGAGUUUGCAACAGAACCAAACAGAAAGAGUUUUGCUUGACUGUGUGAACGAACCCUUGUUAUAUAUUUGUGUUCUGAAGCUUUAAGUUGACUCUCUCUAUGUUCGGGCAUGUGGGAGUUGUAUAAAAGAUGUUUUUUAAAAGCACAAUUUCUUAUUAUUUCUUAUUUCAGUAGUUUAUGGAAGAUUGAUAAUUCGACUUGUCUGUUAAACUAACAAAUUAGGGGAUUUCUACAUGCUAAAAGAAUGUAACAUUUUAAUGUAAUCCACUUUUUCUGACUAAAAAAAAGUAGCUAAAAUUCAUCAACUGUGGGUUUAAAAUGAAAUAAAAUUAUUGUAAAUAUGUACA